GGCUAACUAGGGGAGUUGUUUUCCUAGUUACAGCUGACGUCUGAGCUGUCUCCAGCUAUGAAUUCCUCGGAGAAUCUACCGGACCCAUCUCUAUAUACCGUGAGAGCUGCAAUUAUUCUGGACCAUGAUGGACAUCGACUUUUGGCUAAAUAUUAUGACGACACAUUCCCAUCUCUAAAGGAGCAGCGGGAAUUUGAGAAACGGAUUUCACACAUGACGCAGAGAUCUGAAUGUGAAGUGUUGCUUGUGGAUGGAGUGACCGCAUUGUGUCAGCGUUUAUCUGAUGCCACCUGUUACAUUGUUGGAGGUCCUCAGGAGAAUGAGCUGCUGCUCCUCUCGGCCCUGACAUGUAUCUGUGAGAGCCUGUGUCACAUGCUGCGGAAAAAUGUGGAUCGAAGCUCCCUUAUGGAAAACAUGGACACAGUCUGCCUGAUUCUCGAUGAGAUAAUAGAUCAGGGUGUCAUUUUGGAAAGUGAAUCUGAACAAGUUGUUCAAAGACUCAGUUUUAAGACGAUCUCUGAACCUGCAUUUGGCUUUGUGCUGUUUGAUUAUCUGACGGGCAGCGGGGAUCAUAGUGACUCCAGAAAAAGAGGAGAUCUAGAGUAACUACGGACACAUCCAUGAGAAGAACACCUGAAGUUUCGUCCCUACUGUUAUACACCUUGCAACAUAGCAAAAGAUUGGUGCUUCCUAGGAUUACAGUCUUUGUAUUGAUUUAAGGGAGCAGAUUUACAUUACUUGGGGUGGGGAUAUUUGUCAUUACCAUUUAUUUUAAGAAAUAAGUAAUUGAGGUGAAUUGAUUUAAUUGGCUGAGCAUAGUUAGAUCACUGGUCCACAGCAGUUGAAUACUAAAGCUGACUUUAAGAGAAAACUGUUUUGUAGCUGCAAUUGAUGGACUUCCAUUGAACUAAUUGUACAGCGCUACACAAUUUGUUGGUGCUUUAUAAAUAAUAUUAACUCAGCCAUAGCCAUAUAUUCCUCUGAGUUCAAGAGGCACAUUAUGAAGAAAGCUAAGGUGUGCCCAUGCAUAUAACAAAAUCCAAGGGCUUGGCCUCUGCUCACACAACUGAUCAUACCAGAAGCUGCAAUUAAACACCCUUUAAUG